GUGUGGGUGUUUUUGGCGGCAGUGGUUAGAAAAAGUGGUUAUCUCAGGCUUCGAUCAGGCGUGUGCAACUUCAAAUCUCGCUUUGGCCAGCACUGGUGGCAGUGGUACAGCAGAAGGAGCAAGCAUUUCAGCAGCAAAGAGGUUUUCGUUUGAGGAUGGAGAUACAGGGAAUCACUUAUAUUCUUACAGUAGGUAGUUGCUUUUGAAUGAGAGUGGGAAGGGUGCUGCAAAAGCACAGGAGGCACAGGUCCUGGCUUUGGACCCUGGAUGCAGCGCCGAUGGUAUUUGUCAGCUGAGAGGAAGUAGCAAAGAAGUGCCCGCUUUCAAGCUUUCCAUCAGUGGUGCCACGGUGUUUCUAACAGAAUCCUGCAAUCAAUAGUCUGUGCAGAGUACUUUCUCUGAUGGUACUCUGAUGACAGUCUUUGGAGCCAAUGGCUACCACCACUGCCUCGCCCGCAUCUAGAAGCUUGCAGCGCUUGUUUUGCAAAAGCUCUCCUUCCCAAGCACCCUCCAAGUUGCUGUUGCAGACGACUCCACUCAAGUCCAAUUUAUUCCUAGAUCUGUUGUCACCAAGAAGCCUGCUCCCAAGAGGUGGGCUGAAGUGGUUGCACAGUUCAAAACUGCUAAGAAACAGGAGUAGACAGUUCAGCACCCAGGACAUAUGCUUUUCGGGAUAUCAAAGAGCAUUUCAGCAAUUAAGAUGCACUCGGCCCACAGUGCGAACAGCGGCCUUCAGUGCCGAUAGAAGCAAUCCCCUCCCCGAUGCUGGCGCUUACAGGAAGUCAACUGCUCAGAGACCCUCAGAAGAAGACUCCUUGAAAAGGGAGAUUGACGGUGAACGCACAGGGGCUGAAUGGAGGAGGGAUUCAGUGGAACGGUCUGCAGGGCCAGUGCUGCCAGACACCAGGGAGUUUCUCUCAUUUGAGAGGAAUGUGAAGGUGGCUAUUGAUCCUGAGUCCAUCCAACAAGCUGUGCGGAUACGACCAGAGGACCGGCUCAGAAAACAGAAGCAGAAGGCGGCUCAGCCACCCUGGGUAGCGGCUGCCUGGGUACUUGCGGGGUUGGCCUUAUGCGCGUUCUCCUGGCGCGUUGCCAAACUGGGUGGUGGUGAUAUACAUGAGCCACCUAUUGCCACUGUUGAGUUAGACUCCCGGCCGCAGAAGGGGCUCUGGGCAGAGCAGUUGAAAAAGGCGCAGGCAGAGGAUGGCUUCCGGGAGCAGCUCCUCGGUCACUUUCGGACGGAGGAAGCGCCAAAGGACGACCUUGUGAAGCUGCUCCGAGAUGGCACGGUGAAGCUCCGGUCGGCGGCCGCCUACUCCUUCUUCGCGAUGCAGCAGGCCGCCUGGAAAGAGGGGGUCCAGCUGCUGCCCAUCUCGGGGUUCCGGUCGAUUGAGGAUCAAAAAGACGUCUUUUUCGGGAUCAAGGCGGAACGGAACCAGUCCGCGAAAGAAAGGGCCAAGGUGUCCGCACCGCCCGGGUAUAGUGAACACCACACCGGUUACGCCCUGGACAUCGGGGAUGCAAAAGCGGCCAACACAGACCUCGAGUUUACGUUUGAUCAGACUUCGGCCUUUGAGUGGCUUCAACGAAACGGUGCCAAGUUCCACUUUGAGAUGUCUUUCCCGCGCGACAACCCGUAUGGUGUUGCGUACGAGCCGUGGCACUGGCGGUACGUUGGCAAUGUACACAGUUUGCAGAUGUUCCAUGGACACGAGCGUGUAAAUAGCUUCCCGGCAUCAGACGCAACCGCAAGGACGUGAAUCAAAUUUCAGGUUCCUGAGAUCAACAGUUUCGCAUUCAUUUGCUAACUUGUGAUGCCUUUCGGCGCGAAGCAUCGCCAUGCACUAUUUUACGCCAAU